AGAGAGACUUAAAUCCUUUCCCGGCAGCUGUCCCGGAGAAGUUUGUAAACCGAAACAUGGCAGCUGCAGCAGCUGCUGCUCCUUCCCAUUCACUGAUCUGCACCUCCUCUUCCUUCUCUCGCUCCCGCCUCGCCAAGCCCUCCAACAAAUCCGCCCUCUCCUUCCGCCGGACCCCCGUCGCCGUCGUCGUCUCCUUCCUCCGCCCCGCUCCUCCUCCUCCUCGAUUGCGGAGCUCCGAUUCCGGCGGGAGCAAUCUCCUCCUCCUCCUCCUGGCGACCGGGAACCACCACCACCACCGCCACCCACUCGCCUCGGCUCUCGACUCCGUCCUCCUCGUCUGCACCUCGAUCGCCCUCUCCGUCUCCCUCCUCGUCGCCGACGUCGACCCGGCCUCCGCCUUGGUCGUCACCUCCCCUAGGAAGCUCCAGACCGACGAGCUCGCCACCGUCCGCCUCUUCAAGGAGAACACUCCCUCCGUCGUCUACAUCACCAACCUCGCCGUCAAGCAGGACGCCUUCACCUUGGACGUGUUGGAAGUGCCGCAAGGGUCGGGGUCUGGGUUCGUGUGGGACAAGGAGGGUCACAUUGUCACCAAUUAUCACGUCAUUCGCGGCGCCUCUGAUCUCAAGGUCACACUUGCGGACCAGUCCACGUAUGAUGCGAAAGUUGUUGGAUUUGACCAAGACAAGGACGUCGCGGUGUUGCGCGUCGAUGCACCAAGGGACAAGCUUAGACCAAUCCCAAUUGGUAUCUCCGCGGACUUGCUUGUUGGUCAGAAAGUCUAUGCAAUUGGCAACCCUUUUGGACUAGACCAUACCCUCACCACUGGUGUUAUAAGUGGCCUUCGCAGAGAAAUCAGUUCUGCUGCCACUGGGCACCCAAUACAAGAUGUCAUAUAGACAGAUGCUGCAAUCAAUCCUGGUAAUAGUGGGGGGCCGCUACUAGACAGUUCAGGAAGUCUGAUUGGAAUUAACACAGCAAUAUACUCUCCAUCCGGUGCUUCCUCAGGUGUUGGAUUUUCAAUUCCUGUUGACACUGUUGGUGGAAUUGUUAAUCAGCUGGUAAAGUUUGGCAAAGUCACUAGACCAAUUCUGGGUAUUAAGUUUGCACCUGAUCAAUCUGUGGAGCAGUUAGGAGUAAGUGGAGUGCUUGUGCUAGAUGCCCCUGCUAAUGGACCAGCUGGCAAAGCAGGCCUACUACCAACCAAACGUGAUUCCUAUGGUAGGCUUAUUUUGGGUGACAUCAUAACAUCAGUCAAUGAAAAAAAAGUCAGUAAUGGCAGUGAUUUGUACAGAAUUCUUGAUCAGUGUAAAGUGGGUGAAACGGUGACUGUGGAAGUUUUGCGUGGUGAUCACAAAGAAAAGAUACCUGUUGUCCUUGAACCAAAACCAGACGAGUCAUGAUUAGCCAAAUGGUUCGAGAUUGCAGUUUUGUGCAGUACAUUUAACGAGUUAAUACCAUUAUUUUUGUGCAUCUGCCCUUUUCUCUGGUUAAGUCAUGUUGUACAUAUUCCUUGUUUGUGCUGAAUGCCCGCCUAAAUUGUAAAAGCAAGCAUAAUACCAAAAUGCAAUUAUGACAUUUUAUACAGC